AUGAACUAUUUGGGGACAUUUGCUGCAUUGUCCAUUUUCAACAUCAUUGCUUGUUUGACAAGAGGUAAACCCUUGGAAGAAAGAAGCAAGUUAUCAGUUACGGAGGAUUCUGAUAUAUACUUUGGUGAGCUGGGAGAGAUGGAAGGUGAGACGCAUCUCAAUUUUAAAAGCCUACUGGAGAACAUGAAGGCAGAUUUACUGAGGAGUUUGAACUUAUCUAGGGUUCCUUCACAAGAGAGGACCAAAGAAGAACCACCGCAAUUCAUGAUUGAUUUGUACAACAGAUAUGCCAUGGACAAGUCUUCCAUCCCUGCAUCCAACAUUGUGCGGAGCUUCAGUACUGAAGAUGUUGUUUCUUUGACCUCAUCAGAAGAAAAUCCCUUUCAGAAACACAUCUUGCUCUUCAAUGUCUCUAUCCCACACCAUGAAGAUGUCACCAGGGCUGAGCUAAGAAUCCACAUUUCCUGUCAUAAGGAUGCUGGCUCUCUUUCUAGACUGGAAGGCAACAUGGUCAUUUAUGAUAUUCUUGAGGGAGACCUCUGGGAAAGCCAAGAAGGCACCAAAGCAUUCCUUGUCUCUCAGGAUAUCCAAGAAUGUGGAUGGGAAAUGUUUGAGGUAUCUAGUGCUGUGAAACGAUGGGUCAGGACAGACAGAGCAAAGACUAAAAACAUGCUUGAGGUUGCUGUUGAGAGUAAAACACUGGGUGAUUUCACUUGUGGGAAGCUGGACAUCAGUGUUACCCCUGACACUAAAAAUCUGCCCUUGUUAAUAGUGUUCUCCAAUGAUCGCAGCAAUGGAACCAAGGAAACCAAAGUGGAGCUCCGGGAAAUGAUUGUUCAUGAGCAGGAGAGUGUGAUAAAAAAAUUAGCAAAGAACAGCACUUUGCCUGCAGAGGAAGAGGAUGUACAAGAAAAAUCUUUAUCCAUCACGGGGCUCCGCCAGCCUUCAUCCAGAAGCAAAAGAAGCACUGGAUCGAACCACUGUCGGAGAACCUCCCUCCGGGUAAACUUCAAAGAGAUUGGCUGGGAUUCCUGGAUCAUUGCACCUCAAGAUUAUGAUGCAUUUGAAUGCAAUGGGGGUUGCUUCUUUCCUCUGACAGAUAAUGUUACCCCAACGAAGCAUGCUAUCGUUCAAACCUUAGUGCAUCUCCAAAACCCUAAGAAAGCUGCAAAGGCCUGUUGUGUUCCUACCAAGCUUGAUCCCAUUUCCAUUCUCUACAAAGAUGAUGCUGGGGUGCCCACAUUGAAAUAUAACUAUGAGGGGAUGAAAGUAGCAGAAUGUGGCUGCAGGUAG